AUGUUAGGUGCACUUGAAACUUUGUCUGGGCAAGCUUAUGGAGCUCAGCAAUAUGGGAAACUGGGAACUCAGACUUAUACAUCUAUAUUCUCCCUCAUCUUAGCUUGUGUUCCUUUGACUGUCCUAUGGGUUUAUAUGGGUAAAUUACUGGCUCUAGUUGGUCAAGAUCCUCUUAUUUCAAUGGUGGCUGGUAAAUUAAUCAUGUGGCUCAUCCCUGCUCUCUAUGCUUAUGCAUCUCUUCAACCCAUCGUUCGAUUCUUUCAGUCACAAAGUUUGAUCAUGCCAUUGCUUGUAAGCUCUUGUUCCACUCUUUGUUUCCACUUGCUUCUUUGUUGGGCUUUAGUGUUCAAGUGUGGACUAAAUGGCCAAGGAGCAGCAUUGGCAAUCAGCAUUUCCUACUGGACUAAUGUGGUUUCACUAGGAUUAUACAUGAUGUUCUCUGAUACUUGCUCAACAAGCCUAGUCCCCGUUUCCAUGGAUGUGUUUCGAGGAAUUCGAGAGUUCUUCCAUUUUGCUAUCCCUUCCGCUUCAAUGAUUUGGUAA